AUGUCAUCCAGAGCUGUGUAUUUCAUCACACUCGCUUUGAUUUGCUGUCUGUUGCGUUUGAGCUCGCAAUUCGUCGAAGGUCAUGCUCGUUGGACCUAUCCAAGUCCAAGAACCUCUGAUGCUGGACUCAAAACCUAUCCAUGCGGUGGCAUUCAAUUCCAUGGACAAGGACAACCCGUAACCACUCUCUCCCCAGGCAAACAAAUUUUGAAAUUCGAAGAAACCAUUUCCCAUCGAGGAGCUCCUUUCCGAAUUGCCCUCAGUAUCAACGACGACAGUAGUUACGACAAGUACAUUCUCAUUGAUCACAUUCCCCACAACGAUGCUACUGAAUCUAAUCCCGUCAAGGUCUAUCAAUAUGAAGUGAUCAUUCCUGACAUUAAUUGUCCAAAAUGUUCAUUGGCAUUGACCAAUCCAAUGACGGACAAGAUUACCUCAGGAACGUGUUGUUCCUAUCCAACUGCAAGUGGAUCCUCUCCUCAAUGUUUCAGUGUGUAUCAUAGUUGUGCGAAUAUUGUAAUUACUGGAACCAAGUCGGUUCAACAAUUCAUGUCGAGUGGAUAUAACUAUACUGGACCUUGUGGGGAUUAUACUCAAGAAGCGGCUACAUGGACUCGACAAAGUGAUGAAUCAUGGAAACUCACUCAAACCUUCACCAAUUUCUACAUUCCUCCCACCAAUCAACGAUGUUCCAAUUUCGCAAGCCAAUGUAAAAACGGAACCUUCCCUAUCGUUAAUCCAAGUACAUCAGGAAAGAGAAAUAAUGGAUCGAGUGUAAGGACAAGUCCACUUGCAUUGGUGUGGACGAUGGUAUUUGGUGUGGUUCAAAUUCUUUCAGCAUUGACAUUUUGGAAUUAUUAA